UUCAACAUGGCGGAGGAGGCAGCCUUAGCAGCUCCGAGCCCGCGGGGCCGUGCGGAUGGGGAGGAUGCGUACCCACCCGAGGAGCCGAUGGUGGAAAUGGGAAGAGAUGACCAGGAGAAGUUCGAAUGUCAGGAACUGCUCGAGUGCCAAGUGCAGGUGGGACCAUCCGAGGGGGAAGAAGACGCGGGCCUAGUGGCCGAGGCCGAGGCCGUGGCUGCCGGCUGGAUGCUCGACUUCCUCUGCCUCUCUCUUUGCCGGGCCUUCCGCGACGGCCGCUCCGAGGACUUCCAUCGGACGCGCGACAGCGCCGAAGCUAUUAUUCAUGGACUGUCCAGUCUAACAACUUACCAGUUAAGAACGGUAUAUAUUUGUCAGUUUUUGACAAGAAUUGCAGCAGGAAAAACUCUUGAUGCACAGUUUGAAAGUGAUGAACGAAUUACACCCUUGGAAUCAGCACUGAUGAUUUGGGCUUCAAUUGAAAAGGAACAUGACCAACUUCAUGAAGAAAUACAGAAUUUAAUUAAAAUUCAGGCUAUAGCUGUUUGUAUGGAAAACGGCAAUUUUAAGGAAGCAGAAGAAGUCUUUGAAAGGAUAUUUGGUGACCCAAAUUCUUAUACGCCUUUAAAAAGGAAGUUGCUUACGAUAAUCUCUCAGAAAGAUACAUUCCAUUCUGUUUUUCAACACUUCAGCUAUAACCACAUGAUGGAGAAAAUUAAGACUUAUGUGAAUUUUGUACUAAGUGAAAAGUCAUCAGCUUUUCUAAUGAAGGCAGCAGCAAAAGUAGUGGAAAGUAAAAGAUCAAGAACAGUAACUGCUCAAGAUAAACCUAAUGGUAAUAAUAACGAAACGGAAACGGAAGCUAAUUUGUAUAUAAGAAAAAGUGUUAAUGACACACAGUCUGCGGUAACUGAAUCCUCAGAGGGUACAGUAUCCUUAUUGAGGUCUCACAAGAAUCUCUUCUUAUCUAAGUUUAAACAUGGAACCCAACAACAAGAUCUUGAUAAGAAAGAGGAAAGAGCAGGAACUCUUCAAAUUAGAAGAAAGAAAGAAGAAAACUGUAGAAGAGUUCCUGGAAGCAAGAGACUUCAUGCCUUAAACAAUCAACCAGUAUCUCAUGAAAAACAUCGAUCUAGAAAAAAACAGCACAUCCAAGGGCUGCAGCCAAAUCCUGCUAAGUAAAGUCACUGUGAACACGGGCUCCAGGGCCCAUUUAUUCUUCUGCACAGAAAAAGGCAGGGGGAGCCACAUGCCAUCUCUCUGACUCUUCUGGCUCCUGUAAAGUCUCAAUGGCCAAGUCAUCAUAGACAGUGGCAUUCUUCUUUUGGGUGAGUUUUGGAGCCCAUGUUUUCAAGCAUGAUGCCCCAUCUCUUUCCAGGUAUGAUAUCAUCAGACUUUGGCCACUUUAUUUCCUAAUCUCCCCAUAAAUCUAGGAGAAGAUACUGGCACAUAUAGGCUACUCAUUUUUCAUCCUUGAGUUAGUUAUUAUUCCACUUGGAUUAAUUAUUAUUCUUUCCUUAAGUGGCUCAUCAAUGAGCUAAUGCAACCUACUAUUUCUAUGCUCUGAGAAUGCAAGACUCAAGGAGGCCUGGAGGUGAAUUCAGAGACUGGGGUGUAUAAGGGAACUCUGUAUUUUAUGCAAGGUUUUUCUGUAAACCUACAACUUCUCUUAGGGAAAAAGAGAGAGAGAGAGCGACAGAGAGAAAGACCGGGAUGGUAUGAGCCUGAUGAGCAAGUCUUCCAAGAAGUUCUUCUGGGGCAGUUGGUAACAUGGGUCUGAUCCCCGACUCUACUUCUCCCCAUCCCUGGACAGGCACAGCCAAUGGAGAAUUUUUAUCCUUUUUGAGAAGGAUAUAGAGAUACAUUAUUGGUGAGUAUAUGGGAUAUUUCAAAGCCCAUGCCGUCAUCAUCAUGAGAUUUCUAAGAUGAUUAGUUUCAGAACAGAUUUUCUUGGCAGUUUAGGAAUUUGAUAGCCCCAUAUGUAUUUUUAUUUGUAUCUGAAUUAAAAAAAAAACAAAUUCCUACUUAGAAAAGAAAUUCCAGUACUUUACCUCUUAGCCACACCAAAAAAUAAUGCCUUUAUGAUAACAAGAUGAAAAAAUCACAAAGGAAUAGAAGUAGGGUAUACUGAGUUAUACUGACACAGUUACAUUUCACAUUAAGGGUUACUGUCAUUUCAGUCAAAAGGCUUUGGGCAGUAUCAGUAGGGAAUAUACAUUGUGUUAGAAGAGGAAGCAGAAUGGUUGUCUAUUUAUAUAGUGGGACACUGAGAUGCAAAACCUUGAUUCCUCAAGGAAAAAAUAAAACCUAUGGAUUGGCACAGAUAGAUAUGGCUAAUGGCAGCUUUGAAAUCAGACGGCCAUGGGUUCACCUCUCAGCUCUGCUGCUCCAUCAAGUAAACUCCAGUAACAAAGAACCCUCUGAAACUCUUAGUUCCUAGACCUGUAAAAUGCUAAUACAGGUCAAUACCACCUUUUCUCAAACCCUUGGGGCAGAUGAGUUUUAGAAUUCAGAAUUUAGAAAAGAAAUACAGUGUUAAUACCUUAUACUUCUUUAUUCCCAGAAGAGUCUGGAAUAGCAUAUUGUAAAACACGUUAAUAUUUUUUGAAGCAAAAUAUAUUGAUACCAAAUGGGGUAAACAAAAAUUAGGCCUAGCUUCCCAUCAGUUCAAGUCAAGUGAGAUUUUUGCCACCAAAUGAGUUAUGCAAACUCUUUCAGUUUUGAGCACUUUGGGGAUUUCGGGAUUGUGGACCUGCAUCUACCUUUCAUACAGAAUUGUCCUGAGGGUUAAAUGAGAUAGUGUGUAAGUACCUGGCAUGCAGUAGGAGUUCAAUAAAAGGUAUCAAUGAUUUCAUGUUAACUAGUACAAAUUACCUGCAAUAUGUUGCCAUAAAAUCAUCAUGCAAAUAUUCCAUCAAAAUAAUAUAAAAUGUUCCCCAGUGUUGCCCAGUGAUGGUAGCCGAGUGACAGUGCACUUUCUACCUAAGGGCCUGCCCGGGCCAGGUACCCUGGCCUUCCCAGGCAUUAUCUCAUCUCCCCACUGCAUGGCCGCCCCAUGGUGGUGUCAUUCCCCUUUUAUAAAUAGGCUCCACUUGGGGACUAAGAUAAGUUCUCCAAAGUCACAAAGCCAGUAGGUGGCUUUGUGGGUCAGGAUUGAACCCAGGAUCCUCUGACUCGAGGGGCAAAAUCGAGGCUUGUGAGUUAUCCCUAGAAAAGAGUAUGCAAAUAAAUAGAUAAUUGGGUGGGGGCAGGCUUUGUGUGAUGAGGGAAGUUGCCCCCCAACCAGCAUCCACUGCCUGGUCAGGUUGAG